AUGCAGUCCAUGAAAUUGCCCAUGGGCAAUCUCGACCCUCGUGUGACGAUGACUGAUACUCCAGUAGAUGUCUUACUUUCACCUUCUUUUGCAUCGGUCCUAGCUUUCGAUGAAUCGAAUGAACCGGGAUUCCAGGAUCUCAUAGCACAUGACGAUGAAAACCACUGCGAGCACGCCAUGGACUGGCAGGGUCAACCUGGAUCCAGAAGCUCAUGUGACUCGUCUCUCAAACAAGGCAGUGUCAAGCGAACUCAAUACCCCCGACUCGAACUGGACGUUGCCAUGGACAAAUAUCAUGCUCUCGACGGGCCUACAGAACUAUUGAUCCCGCAGAACACCCCCAACUCAACGAAUGGUAGCCCCAGCGAAGGGCACCGAGGGUACGAAGCCGAGAUUCUACGAACGCGCUCUGCUCCGCAGGCACCUGUAUUGACGCUAGAUUGGCUUGAAGAUAGGGAUUCGAUCAACCCACGAAUUGAAGGGAAGGGAAGACGCCAGCCACCCAAACGCUGUUUCUCCGUCUCAGAUGAACCACGUUCUAAUUCGCCAAUUACUCAAGGAAAUGCCGACUGCCCGACCGUGAACUCCUCCCCCACCAAAGACUUUGCCGAAAGCAUCACUACAAGGUGUGUUAGGUUCUCUCCACCUGAGUCUCCUCGAUGUCGGUCCCCCCGUUCAGGCUCACGCCCUCUUCCAUCAGUGGAGCGCAAACACGACUACAUCUCUCUCUACCGCCAGCAGAAACAGCACGAAAAGUGGAAAGGCGCAGCCCGUGCUUUUGCUCCACGAGUCUCUCCACGUCGCAGUCCUGUCAAAGUACAGCCAUCGACAAUUUUUAAUCCGCGAUCCGAAAUUCGCUUUUCGUCCCUGUCCAACGUGCUCUUCCGCCAGGAUGAUCUCGCAACUCACCUCCAGGGCACACAGCGGGCACAAAGCCCAGAGGCAGAUCCCAUGCUCGAAGACGCACACUCUAACAAAGAAGUUCCGCCACAGGAACGAGUUUAUGACCUUGUUGUUCUGAAUUUCGGCUUUUACCGACCUCGACACACCGAGCAUCUUCCCUGCGAUUCAAAAUGGGCCUUUGUGCGAGUUCGAAUGAGCCCUACUUUCAUACCGGCCCGCAGCUUGGUCGAAGAGGCCCAGCAGACGAAGCAGAUCGUAUGCCGCUUACCAGCUGAGGAUUUGCUUCUUCAUUUCAUUGUUGUUGUGCCCUAUUUUUUUGUGCACGUCCCUCUUACUGCACUAGCCAAGGCCGGUCGACUGGCAAACUCCCGAGCAGGCCUCACGGCCCUCGAUAUCUUGAGAAUUGUCUGGGCCCUCAUAGCCACCUUCGUCAAAAUUGUUGCACAUCGAGUCUGGGGCAUGAAACUCGGUUAUCAUGCGAAUGUCAAUGCUAAGUCACCGAAAAAAUUUCGCCGAUUCUGA